ACAGCAAAUAAACGCAGCGUGCGGAGCGCUCCCUGCUGCACGGCUCCGGCUUACAGUGCACAUUUACUACUGUACUGGCUUCUCUAACUGAUUGAGGAAGUUGAGAGAGAGAGAGAAUAAAAAAAAAUAAAUAAUAAUAAAUUGUCCGGUUCUUAAGGAGGGCUCUUACCAUGUGGAGCAGAAGCCUGGAGUCACCAUAAGAAGAAGUAGUCAUGCGUCGCUUCAGUUCAGAAGGAUCUCUCCUGGGCUUGGACAUCUUUCCCUGGAAGAGUGUGUCUCCGAGGAAUGCCUGCUCUGUUGAAGUAGAUAGGGUGGGUACCUAUAGGACCCUGCCAAGCCAGCUGAAGGAAGUGGAUCACGGCGCGGCCUCUAUGCCUGCCACGUCCGUGGACCCCGAGAGCAGUCCAUCAAAGGAGCUCGCCCAGGAGCUGAGCCAUAGUGCAGAGGAUUUUACAGAACUGAACAUCGCACCCGGCUUGCUCAAGAUCACCAAUCUCAACGAAAGCUUCAAAGCGUACAGUGACAGUCAACUGGUGCCACAGGCCAGCAGCAGCAGCAGCAGCAACGAGAGUGUAAAGCAGGAUGACAUUCCAUCUCCAAAUCCAACAUGCAUGGCCACACUCAACCCCUUCUGCUUUAACUCGGCCUCGGGGACAAACCAAAAUCGGCACCAUGUCCGGGCCAAGCUCUCGUCUGCUAAAUUACACCUGAAGAGUCUGUUUGGGCAGAGUCCAAGCAUUUCCAAUCCUAAUCUCGCGGUACUGGAGCCCAGCGACCUGGAAAGCAGCGCCAAAACGCGUCGAUCCCGCUUCACAAAGCAGUGGAGUGAGGUGGGUCAUGCGAAGACCCGGCUCAGCAGGGUGGAGCUGGAGAAGUGGGCUGAGUCUCUCGACGUCGUUCUCAACAGCAGAGUGGCCAUAUCUGUGUUUGGCGCAUUCCUCCGCUCAGAGUUCAGUGAGGAGAACCUGCAGUUCUACUUGGCCUGUGAGCAGUACAGAAAUUCGUCCACCACCUUCAGCCUGAGCCGACGCGCCAAGGAGAUCAGUGCCACUUACAUUCAGCCUGGCUCACCUCGUGAGGUAAAUCUGGACUGUAAGACUCGAGACUUGACGCUGCAGCUGCUCAAGGCUCCCUCUCACACCUCCCUGUGCCAUGCUCAGAAACGAAUUCGUGCCCUACUGGAAUAUGACUGUUACCCUCGCUUCCUGCAGUCGAACAUCUACCUCAGACUCCUACAGGAUGCUCACUAAGAACAUGUGCAUUAAGGAGACAUCCAGAGGGCAUCGAAUAGACUGAAGACUGAUGGACCAAGGAAUACCUGAAAAGGCAGGCGCGGGUGGUGCUGAUUGACCUGUUGCUUGAAAAUAAUAAAGAAUUGAUAAUGAUCGAAUAAGCAAAACAUCUUUCCUGCUUGAAGUUGAUCUACUGUUGGGAAUAAUAGUGUAGUGGUUUGAACGAAUGGAUGGGGGGCAAAGGAAAGGGUUGAUGUAUUCUUUAUACCACAGUACAUCAUUAUCCAACUCGGCCAGCUAGCUGAAAUCCACACAAACUUGUAAUCAUUGCCUAAAAGUUAGCCGAGUUUAGCUCCCGUCAUGCUUCGGUGAGCGUGAGCAUAACGGCUUGUUUGCAGAAAGCGACAACUCGUCAGGCAAGACUGACCUCCUCUGAAAGGAUCGCAGCGCUGGCAGUAAAAAAACAAACAUGACAUUUUCCCCGGAAUUCCUUCCUACCUGAUUCAACAAGCCUGUUUGGCAGGAGACCAGUGGCAGUGGUUGUAAAGUGAACCAAGGUGCCAGGCUUGUGUAUAGAAUCCCUGUGUUUACAUCUCGAUCAGUGUAACAUAUUUAGAAAUAAAUGAUGUCUGAUCUCCUAAA